AUGCCACCCUUGCGCGAUACGGCGGAGAAGGAGGGCGCCUUGUCCAGCAGCGACCUUCGCGCCUUGAGAAUGGAGCUGCAAUACCUUCCCGACCCCGCCAAGCUCGCCGAUCAUGUCCACUACACCCUGCGCUGUGCUAAACCCGAAAAAGCGCUCGAGCUGUGCCGUCUCGCCAGCAAAGACAUGAACUGUGUUGUCAGCUGGAACCAUGUCGUCGACUGGCAUAUGAAGCAAGGCCUUGUGAACGAAGCUGUCAAGGUCUACAACGAGAUGAAAAAACGCGCUCAGUUUCCGGACUCGUAUACCUACCUGUUGCUUCUACGAGGGCUCAUUGGCACGCAAGCGAUGAGCAAGAAGACCCAGGUGAAGGAGGAAGAUGUGGCUAAGGCGGUCAGCAUCCAUGCUUCAAUGCAUUCUCCUACGAGUAGAGUGACGCCGAGCAUCAUGCAUACGAACGCCGCAUUGCAGGUUUGCUCUUUCGGGCAUGAUAUGGAUGCCUUUUGGGGCAUAGCGAGCAAACUCCCGGAGCACGGGCCUGGAUCAGCGGACCAUCGCACCUACUCCAUUAUUCUUAAUGCCAUCCGACAAGAAGCACUGCGAGACACUCAAGAACUGGAAAGCAGCAACGCAAGCAUCAAGCGCCGCACAGCCGCCAAUGAAGGCCGACGACUGUGGCGCGAAGUGAUCCAGAAAUGGCGCAGUGGCGUCAUUCAGAUUGACGAAGAGCUAAUCUGCUCGAUGGCCCGAGUGCUGCUCAUUAGUGACCGGCUGGCAGACUGGGAUGACGUGCUUAAUCUGAUCAAACAGACGAUGAACAUCGACCGUCUGCUCGCACAAUUGGGCACCGCGCACCGACAGACAGCCCACGUGCCGCAAACUGACCCCUCCUCGUUGGACCUGGAUGCGGAAGAAGGCUCUCACGAACUGUCACUCAUCGACCAGAAAGAACAUGACACUUCGAAAGACAGCCCAGCAGCCAAAGUCUUCAAACCCAUCACCGUCCUCCUGCCCAAAUCCGAUAUUAAGCCCUCCAGAUUCAGGCCUUCACCCCCGGCUUCACUCCCCUACGUCUCGCCCGGUACUUCAACGCUCUCCGUCCUGAUCCAAGCCUGUACCUCCAUGCGUGUACCCAAGACCGCGCUCGCUUACUGGGACCUUCUCACACAGGCUCCGCACGAGGUAAAACCAGAUUUGGAUAACUUCCACAACCUCAUCCGUCUGCUCGGGAAGAAUCGCUCCUCAGCCCGCGUGGCGCAGGUUCUAUCUUCAAACCUUCAGACUGCAGGGGUGAAACCGACACCGCUAACCUUCCGCUUGGCGAUGGAUGUGUGUGCGAGGGACUGGAAGAACGUCAAUGUGCUCGACAGUGCUACUACGAUUAUCGAUGUCAUGGAUGAGACGCAGCGCCACGUCGAUAUAGAGACCCUAAGUAAGUAUCUCUCACUG